AUAUUCCAACACCACUUGCACAAUAUUUUAGUCACCCGUCUCUCCUUCCACACUUCGCAAUUCAAUCUCUUUCUCUUCCUCUUCCUCUCUCUCUCUGUCUGUCUUUGUCGUACCUUUCCUUCAUCCUCAGGGCGUUUUGUCUCAUUUUGUUAUUCAAGAAUCAAUUAAAAAAAAUGACUCGCGGUAACCAGAGGGAACGAGAUCGUGAAAGGGCUCAGGCAAGAGCUGGUGGAAAGACAAAGCAGCCUAAGAAUGAUGGGUUGACCCCUGAACAGCGAAGGGAAAGGGAUGCAAAAGCAUUGCAGGAGAAAACGGCAAAGAAAGCAGCUCAGGCUGCAGGAGGUAAUAAUGCAGGUGGUGGAGGCAAAAAAUAGGCAAAAAUCAUUGACUUGAGGAAUGUAAAUGGAGUGUAGACAUGGGAAAAAUUAUAUUGCUUAUUAUUUGUGAUAUGGGUUUUUGGUUUAGAGUCAUCUGCUUAUGUCAUUUCAGAAUAACUGGUGUUCUGUGAGGAGGGCAUUGUUGUUGGCUUAUGAACCUUUGAUUUCUAUAUAAUUUGGAAUGCAAUUUGUCUCUAGCUUGUUGUGAUGA